GAUCUCGCGUUCAUCAGACACAGUUAGUGACCACAGACAGCGAUCUGAGGAGGGGGUGACCUAGCAGCCCGAUCUUUGUACCCCACGCACCAUGGCCGCCCGCCUUGGCCUAAGCGGCUUUCUACUGGCUAGCUUUGGCGUCUGCUUCGCGACUUUUGGACAUGAACACGUUCAUAUUCGAAUUCAUAUACCUGAACCGCACCACGAAUCGAAAGAAGUAAUCGUCCAUGAGCAUCACGAUGACCACGGCGGUGACGGUGGCGGAUACGGCGGUGGACACGGCGGCGGGUUUGGCGGUGGACAUGGCGGCGGGCACGGCGGUGGGCACGGCGGCGGCGGCGGGUUCGGUGGCGGCCACGGUGGCGGGCACGGCGGCGGGCAUGGCGGCGGACACAUUGAAAUCCAGAGUCUACACGGAGGCUUCAUCGACCAUCUGAAGAGCCACGGUGGGGGAGGCCACGGCGGAGGCCACGGCGGUGGAUUUGGCGGAGGAUACGGCGGCGGCCACGACGGAGGAUUCGGAGGUGGUCACGGCGGAGGAUUCGGCGGAGGCCAUGGCGGAGGAUUCGGAGGAGGCCACGACCACGGCGGUGGCCAUGAUUUUGGAGGCGGACACGGCGGAGGAAGUUUUGAUAUAGGAGGCCACGAUAGCGGACACGGCGGAGAUCACGGCGGUUUCGGCGGUGGUUUCGGAGGUGGGCACGGCGGCGGCUUCGGAGGCGGCCACGACCACGGUGGCGGUCAUGACCAUGGUGGCGGCCACGAUCACGGCGGUGGAAGUGACUUCAGUGGAUCUUUUGGCGGCGGCCACGGCAGUGAUUUGGGUGGCUACGGAGGCGGAAGUUUUGGCGGAGGGCACGGAGGCGGCGGCGGUCACGACCAUGGCAGCGGACACGAUCAUGGAGGUGGCGGCUUUGAUCUUGGCGGCAGUUUCGGCGGCGGCCACGGCGGGGGACACGGAAGCAGUGGCGGUCAUGAUUUCGGUGGAAGCAUCGGCGGUGGAAUCGGAGGUGGCCACGAUGACCAUCACGGAGGUGGAGGCGGAGGGUUCGGAGGCCACGGAGGAAUAUCUUUAGUGAGCUCAGACAGUUACAGUGGCGGCCACGGCUCCGGUGGCCACGGAUCUGGUGGACUGGGAAGUUUCGGAGGCAGCGGUGGCGGCCACGACAGUUACAGUUCAGGAGGAGGCGGCCAUAACAGUUAUAAUUCGGGUAUCACCAGCUACGAUACUUAUCACAGCGGUGGGCACGGGGGCGGCGGAGACAGUUAUAGCUUGGGAGGCUCAGGAGGCCACGGGAGUGAUAUUUUUAGCGGCGGCAUCGGAGGCGGCCAUGGAGGAGGCCACGGAGGCCACGGGGGCGGCGGCGACAGCUACACGAGCGCUAUAUUCGCCGGACACGGAGGUGGUCCCUAUCAUAGAAAAUAACUGAAUCUGAUAAUUAUAGAAAAUCAACUAAGUCAUAGUCCACGGGUCUUCAUGGGCCUCACAGUACAAGCCUAGCUGUCUUUGUAAAUAGCUCGUAGUUCUAAGUUAUUGUUGUUAUGUUAUAAUGUAGAAACUAAUAGAAUUAUUUAAUAUUG